AUGGGUGAUCGCAUACCGUGUUUACUCGUAGUGCUGCUAUUUACCACGUUGCUGAUUCUGGUCAGCGCUGGAAAUAACAGCAGUUCUAGCUCCAAUAGCCGCGCCGUGAGCUUUCUCCGUGAGGAACCAAAGCACAUAUCCCACUUGCUACGUCGGCAAAAGCGCUGGCUUAUCUUUGAGGCGGGCUCAGCUGUCUCUCUAACAUGCAAUUGUGCUAAGGCUAUUUUGGACACUAGACCUAGAGGUUUGAUAGUGCUUGGCGAGGCAACUGCUAUUUAUCCACUGCCAUCAUCCGUGGAUGACUUGUUUCCCAGACGCAGACGAAAACCCAAACCCGUACCGGCACCACCGCCACCACCGCCACCGACACCUCCUCCACCGCCCCCUCCGACUCCAGCAAAAGUUGUACCAGUUGCAGUACCUGUUAUACCUGCACCAGAAGUACCUGUGCUCUAUCCUCAGCAACCAUUGAUUAUUCCCUUAAGUCCAGCCGAUCCCAUACACUCGUUUUAUUACGCAUAUCCGCAAGUAACACCAGUUCUGGGACACCGCAAAUCCUCGGUGCAGCAGCCAUCCAGCGGCUGUCCAGCAUCGAAGCUGGUCAAGGAUGCAUCUGGCAACUUUUACUGCCGGCCCUCAGCAGCGACCCGGCGUCUGGGUCGCGAGCUUAAAAGAAACGGCGCCAAUCUCGUGAAUGAGGGCCAGAGUCCGCAUGGAAUGCUCUUUGAUUUGCUGAUAAUGCUGUCUGAGAUUCAUCAGUAUAAGCCGCGCUACUGCAUCAUGCGAACGCUGUGCGAGUCCCGUCAUCUGCUGGUGCCACCUGGUCAGUCGCUGUUCCACGAUAUCUUUCGCAUUCUGCUGCGUUAUGUGCAUUCGGAGAUUGCCCAUAAGCCGACAUAUCACAAGGCUUUUACCGCUGGCCAUUCGCUGCAUGAGUGCGCUCAGUGGUAUGGCGCCUACUGUCCUCAGAGCUUUUUGCUACAUUUCAGCCAACAAUUCCAGGGUAAAUUUACAAAUGCAUUUAAUAAAUAA